UACGUUUCGGCCGGGGAUCUCGGCUGGCCUCUGAUUACGGAAAGCGUUUAGUAGCCAUCCAGCUGCCACGAAGCAAGCGACUUCCCAGAAAUGGCCAAUCUGCGUCCCCUGAGCGCCGAACUCCGUCGCAUUGCCGAAACGGAGCUAAACGAGGUGGAGGAGCGGCUGCCCGCCGAUCUGCAGGCUCUAAGGGAUUGGGUGGCCAAGCAGCCGCACUUGAAGGCCCGUACGGAUGACCAGUUUCUGGUCGGCUUCCUGCGGGGCUGCAAAUUCAGCUUGGAGAAGACCAAGUCCAAGUUGGAUCACUUCUACACCAUCAAAACCCUCAUGCCAGAGCUCUUUGGCAGUCGGCAGGUGGACGAAAAGAACCUGACUUUGUGUAGAACGGGAACCUAUGUUCGACUGCCUAAGCCCUGGGGACCCGGUGGCCCUCGCCUGCAGCUCACAAACUAUGAGAAAUUCGAGCCCAAGCAAUUCAAGUUACUGGAUCUCUUCCGCUACCAAACUAUGUUAUCAGAACAAUCAAUCCUUGAGGAUGACAACAGCAAUAUUAGUGGCUACGUCGAGAUCAUCGACAUGGGCAAACUGAGUCUUAGUUUCCUAGCCCAACUGGAUUUUACGCUCAUCAAAAAGAUGGGUAUAUUCGCAGAGAAGGCACAACCUACUCGCCUGAAGGGAGUCUACCUGUUCAACUGUCCCAAGGAGGGAGUUGCUCUACUGAAUCUGGCCAAAAGCCUUAUGCCCAGCAAGCUUCAACAACGGUUUCAAGUGUACAAGAAUCUGGAGCAAUUAACCGAGGUGAUACCGCGCGAAUAUCUUCCAGAGGAAUAUGGCGGCACUAAUGGACGUAUAGCCGAUAUCCAGGCGGAAGCUGAGAAGCAAUUGCUGUCCUACAAGAACUAUUUCGCACAGGACUCAAAAUAUGGAGUGGAUGAGCAUCUGCGGCCUGGCAAGCGGGUUAGUGCCGAUUCCAUUUUCGGCGUAGAGGGAUCCUUCCGCAAACUCGACAUCGAUUAAAAACCGAAAGUGUUCAAAUUAGUUGUUUAACGAGAUAAGGGAGAAAUGUCUCAAUUAAAAGCAAAUACAAUCCUCAA